CGCAUGAACGUAUCGGUAUGUGGCUAGCAUAGAAAGAUCUCAGCACUCUUGAAACUCGAGGAGAAGGAAGCUGUUAUUAUUGGAGAAUGGAUGCAGCUCUUCCUAUCAUCGCAAUAAUAGCUGCUGCUGCUGCAACAUUCUACGCUGUCAGCUUUAACGAACUGCGAGAGAAAUCCUUCAGAGAUCUGGACGAGUCGGAGCCUGAGACUGGUGGCGGUGGUGGGUUCAGGUCGUCUGCUAGUUCAAGAGAGACGAGAGCGAGGAGGAAAGCGGAGAAAGAAGCAAAAAAAUGAUUUCGUCUCUUCCUCGAUCCGCCACUUUUUUAAAACACUUUUUAUUAAUGUUCUCUCGAUCGAGUAUAUUGUCGGAGCUAGUGUUGUUUUCCGAUGAAAGAUAGCAGACUUGAUUGUUCACAUGGUUGCUCCGUUGCUGAUGGGGGAUUUCCGCGUUCUAUCUGAAUAUGGUUUUUGUCGGAAAUGUUUUCUUUAGAAAUGUUAAUUUAUUCUCUAUGUGGAGAAUCUGAAGAUGAUUUUUGUUGGAAAUAUUUUCUUUAGAAAUGUUUGUGAACAGCUUCGGUGCUUCAUGGCA